AUGACUGUGAAAAGAAGGGAAACCGUCUUCACCGUCAUGGAGGUAGACCCAUUUAUAUCCCCCUCCGAACUAAGAGAUUCUAUCGUAACAUGGACAGGUCUAAAAAAUGCAGAUAUAGUGGUAAAGGGGAUGAGGGAGAGUAGAGGAGGGGGACAGACGGCAACCAUAGCCGUCAGAGAAGAAAUGGCGGCGGCCCUCAGGUCAGUGGAUAAAGUAAAAAUCCACUGGCAGUACUGUAAGGUAAGGGAAAGGUUCACCCCCCUAAGGUGUUUCCGAUGCCUCGAAUACGGACACAGCACCUACCAGUGCAAGGGGAAAGAUCGUGGUAGGUGCUGCUUUAGCUGUAUUAAGGAGGGACACCGGGCACAGGAGUGCCUGAACGAAGCAUGGUGUCUCUCGUGCAGCGAGAGUGGGCAUCGGACGGACACCAUGGCGUGUCCGAAAUAUCGCGACGCGGUAUUUGGUAAACAGAGAUAG